AUGCAGGCCGGCAGGGCGGCGGCUGUGGUUGGCCGCGAAGAAAGCGUUGGCCAGAGCCUGCGUUUUUCGACGGAGGAGCGUGCGCCAGCAACUCCUCCUUCGGAUACACGUUCCACACCUUCUCCGAUACACAACGGCAUCUCGUCCGCAUCACCACACCAGCCGCUGGGCGGCCGCAGCAUCGACUUCGCCAGCAUGGCAGCACCCGGCACCCCGAUGGGCGCAUCCGCCACGCAAGCUACGACCUCCUCCGGCACCACAGACGCACCGUCAGAUCCGCUCUUCUCCCCGCCAACCGCUUCGAGCUCGUCCAGCCGCCAGCAGCAGCAUGCCGCAUCCAAGCUCGACGCGCCCGCACGCCCACCCAGUGGCCUUGCGAGUCGCGCCCACACGCCCGGACAGGACCAGAUGCCGCUCACCAUCCAUACCGCCGCACAGCGUGGCGAUCUUCCGGCCAUCAUGCGCCUCGUCGACUCGGGCCGUGCAACCGUGCAUGACCGCGACGACGACAACAUCACUCCGCUCCACUGGGCGGCCAUCAACGCACAGCUCGCCACCUGCCGCUACCUCCUCGACCAUGGCGCCGAGGUCGAUGCGCUCGGAGGCGAUCUCGUCGCAAGCCCGCUCCAGUGGGCCGCGCGCAACGGCCACGUCUAUGUGCUAGAGUUGCUGUGCUCGCGAGGCGCCGACCCAACCAUCACGGACUCGCAGGGCUUCAACUCGCUCCACCUCACCGUCCACUCGAGCGCCGUCAUGCCGCUCGUCCUCAUGCUCCAGCAGUCUUCGCUCAGCUCACCCGAGGGGCUCGAUGCCACCGACUCGCAGGGCCACACUGCGCUCAUGUGGGCCGCCUACCAGGGCGACGCCAUCUCGGUCGACAUCCUACUUAAGCACGGCUCCGACGUCCUCAAGCGCGACAGCGCCGGCUUGACCGCCAUGCACUGGGCCGUCGUCAAGGGUAAUCGCCUCUGCAUCCGCCUUCUGGCCGACGCCAAGUCGGAUCUGCUUGCAAAGGAGGACUCGGGCAAGACGCCACGCGACAUGGCGGUCGAGCUCAAGUCCAUCGGCGCCUAUCGCAAAGCGCUCGCCGACAUCGGAUUCGAGGAAGACGGCAGGCGCAAGCAGCGCACAUUCGGCGCAAGCACCGACCGUACCGCGCGUCUCGCCGUCAUGGCCGUACCCUUCAUUGCGCUCGGCUUGAUCUUUGCUACGUUUGCAGCGCUGCCCUGGUAUACGGCGGCGCCGUUUGCAGCUGCCGAAUUCUUUGGCAUGCACCACGUGGUGACGCGCGUCAUCCUCGAUCCGCAGGAACACGACUUUCUGCAGCGCAGCAACUACUUUCUCGCCAUCGUGUCCGGGUCGAUCGCGUGGGUGGGCUGGGAGUGGGUGCGGAAGCUGGCAUCGAAUACGCCGGGGUAUGCGUCGACGAAUCUGCUGUUUGCGCUGUCGCUGCUCGUGUGUGCGUGGAACCUGUUUCGGGCCGCGACGAUUUCGCCGGGGUAUGCGCCGCUGGCGCCCUCGGCGCUGCACCGCCGCGAGACGGUGACGCAGCUCGCGCAGCAGGGCAGGCUGAAUGGGCAGACGUUCUGCGUGGCGUGUAUGGCGCGCAAGCCGAUGCGCUCCAAGCACUCCAACUGCAUUGGUAUCGAGAACCACCGUCAGUUCCUGCUGUUUGUCGGUGCACUCGUGCUCGGCAUCCUCCAGUUUAUCUACCUCACUGCGGUGUACUAUGCGAUCAAUGCGCCGCCGUACGAUCCGCUACCCGAUGCGAGCAUCGAGACGUGUCAUUUGCCGUUUGCUGCCCUGUGCACUGCGACGACGUACGAUCCGUUCCUGCUGGGAGUGGCGGUAUGGGCAGCAUUGCAGCUCAGCUGGACGGUGAUUCUGUUGGGCGCACAGUCGUGGCAGGUGAUGCGCCAGAUGACCACGCUCGAAGUAUCCAACCUUGGCCGCUUUGGCUUCAUGGGCGGAAAGGGCGGGCAAAGCUACGCGGGGCAGACCAACUUUAUCGCCAUGCAUUCGCGCUCCCAACCUGGCACCAGCAACGCUGCCGCCACUGCGCUGCAAGGCAUCCAAGCGCAGCAAAAACCAACCGAAGCAGAUGAAGAGCUUCCACAAGCCAGCGCGGCGGGGCAUAGUCACAGUCACGGAAAGCUUGGGGUGGUGCGUCGCGUUGCAGCCGGAGCGGGUGGAUGGUUGUUGUCGGUCGUAGGGUUGGACCUGUACACGCGCGGAAAGGCAGGCGAGGGUCUCAAACGUGCCAAUGCCGCACUCAACCCCUUCGACCACGGCAUGCUGGCCAACUGCAAGGACUUUUGGUCCAAAGGCGCCGAUCUAGCCAUCGACUAUCCCACGCUCUACGACCUUCCCGCCGAAAUCAGCCCCGGCCACUGCGAUACGCUACCGUUUAUCACCGACUCGCUCAGCGCUGGUUCCGCCCGUUGGCGUUCUUCGGCCUAUGCACCGCUGCGCACAUCCAUCGACGAGGCAGACGACGAAGAUAGACAGGGUGCUUGGAGUAUGUGGUCCUCAAUCCGCUCUCAACGUCCACUUCUCCCAACCACCCAUACCAACGAGUAG